GCAUUUACCCAAGGAACUUGUCUGCCUCCAGCCACAGAGACACUGGAAGCUUGGCUGACCUGCUCGUGCUGCACUGGUCCAUUGAAGAUCAAAGCAAAAAGCAAGGCAACUUUUUUGGGAGGUGCACUCAUUUCUUAGGUUAUAGAGCAAAUUUAAAAGAAAAACACAAACCAGACAAAAAUCAAUAAUCCAUUUUCAUCAGUCCUGCAGUCAUCCUGGUUAAAUGCACCUCUCUUAUUCAGAGCCAUCAAACAACAUCUAGGCUUCUUGAGUGUCUUGAUCGGGCCUGCAGUACUUCAGUGUCGGUCGUGUCUACACCCAAGUUCAUAUGACCACACCUGAGUUAAGGGUUUGAGCCCUGAAAACAGUCUGCAAGGCUGUGAGACAGAAAAGCAAGGAAGGGGCAAGAGGCAGCAACUUUGAAGGAGGACAGGUCAUUUGAGUAGUGGGACAUCAAGACCGUGAAAAAGGAGAGAGGGUCCUUUUAAAAGCAGGGAGAUUAGCAGGAGUGGGGUAGAAGAUUGUAAUGAGCCAUGAGGUCAGUUGACUUCCUCAGAGCGGUGGGGGCUGCGUCCCUGCCUGCCCGCCCGCCCCUCGCAGCCCCUCGCCUAAGCGAAGCGUCUCGGGAUGCGUCUCCCGUGCCCCCAGCCCCGGGCGGUGCAGAGGAAGGGCCGCUAGAUCCCAGCACGCAGGUGUCUUCUCUUCCACCCUCCCUGGGUUUGGUUCCCCCCAGCGUCCCCAGCCUGCAAGGCCCCCAGAGCCACUCCCCGGUCUCGGGGUCAACUCAACCUGCCUGCGCCCACGUGCCACUGGCGGUUGCAACCACGACGAGUGCCCCGAAGGCCGAACCCGGGCCUGAGCUCCCACGGUCUGAGGAAGACGCUUGUUGCUUCAUUGCUGUGGGGGUUUUGCUAUUGCUAAAGACCUGGGGACAGUUGCAGUACGGCUGGUGUAACUGCUGUUUCAGCCCCUUAGUGCCUGACCUCAGCAAUAAAUUUGGCCCCCCCGGGGGUUUCCCGCAUGCAACGACUUGGAGGAGGGGAAAAAAAAAUCUUUCUCUUUCUGUCAUUUGUGGAAGAAGUGCAAGGAGUAGCGUGGGCUCGGUCCCUUCCCUCCCUGCCUGGUUCUGGGGCUGAGCUCAGCCUGUCGGUGUGGAACGAGGGGGCAAGCACAGCGGAGGACGGAGGGCCGCGUGCAUCAGCCAGGGCUGGCAGAUACCCGUAAUCAAAAGGCUGGAAAAUCCCAAGGUCCAAAUUGGGAUGCAAGUUGCUAUGCGAGUAAAAUUUCCCCAGUGCUUGCCCCAGGGGGUGAACGGCAAGCCCAGAUACUAGCAGCUGGGUGGCUAAUGACAGGACUGGCGCGCUGGCCUGUCGCCUGGUGCUGGCAUUCGUGACCUGAGCCUGCAGAAGGUGUGUGGGCUUGUGGAAAGUCAGGACGGUGCCCGUAGCGCCUCUGCCUCGCGGCUGCGACCUGGGGAGCGUGCAUCUAAGUCCUGCCCAGGGGGACAGUCCUAAAUAGCCAGCCCGUUCUUGUGCAAAGAGACGCUCAGGAAGAGGGGAACAGUGGAAAAGCGGAGGCUUGGCACAUCUUGGUCCAGCCCGUAGCAGGCACGUCACAUCCCUCAUCUCUGCUGGGGCUGGAAGAGACCCAGAUCAGAGGGGUUUACAGAUCAGUGUGUGGGGGAAGCUGGUGUUUUGCAUCCUGUGGGUAGGCGAUGUCUUUUGGCCUGCUCAUCUGGACCCUCUCCCGAUGCCAAAUGCACCAAUGCAAACCAUGGGGCAGGGGGAAAGGACUGGAUGAUGAAUCGCUCUGGAGUGCGUUGCACAGCUCCAACUCCUUUGCUGGGUCUUUCUGGCUGCGCAAAGCAUGCCGGGCCAGCCCGCACCCCGGCCAGGUGAGCCCCUCAGCAAGGACUUCAGGGCCUGACACCGGACCCUCACCUCCAGCCCAGACCCCGCCUUGCUGUCCCCUGCCUUGUCCCCCUCUGAGGCUAUGGCUGCCUGGUGGCUCAUGGGGCCGCACCCAGAGUCCGGGGAGGGCAGGGGGGCUCCACAAGUCACUGCAGUGCUUGGAGCUCUUUCGGGGAAGGGCGGUCCUGGAAGGACCCAGCAAGGAUGGGGUGCUGUGGGGGGAUGUUAUCCUGGACCCUGGGAGGGAAAGGCUGUUUUCUCUCUGAUAAUUGGAGGGAGGCGGUUGCAACUCCGAGAGGCCGCAGCGCCCCUUUGGAAACAGGCUUCAGGUGUGCCUCAGUUUCCUCUCCCUGCCGUCUGCCUCCGAGGGCCCAUCCUGGCAAUGCUGAGCACCGCUGGCUGUUGCUGCUGGAGGGCCGCGGGCAUUUGGGAACCCCAGGUCUGCUGCGUGGCCUGUCCUGGCUCCCCAGCAGGGCUCUGGCCAUGCAGCACAGCAGCUGCCGGGGCUCCGGCGUGGGCUGUGGUUCUCGCGUGCUUCCUCCUGCAGCACCAGGCUCCUUCUCCUUCUCGUGCACCAAGCGAGGUCUCUCUAGGACAAAAGGAAACUGCUUUUUUCCACUGCUUGCAGCACAUUUAUUGCUGAUGCCUGAAAGGGCCCUAGGGAGCUGGGGGAAAGGGCCGGCAUGCCCCUGGGCAGCGAGAUGGAGAGUGGCUGGGAUGGCGUGGGGGGCUGCAGGCCAGGGUGGGGGGCUGCAGCUAGGACACAACGCCAGCUCGCACUGAGCCUGCAGAGAGCCCCCAAGACCUUGUGCUCCCCUCUCUUUGUCAAGUGGUGCUCUGCUUUAUACGGUGGUUGGCUCUGCCCUUACAGGCAGCCGUGGCCUGUGCCAGGAGAAGGGGGUUCGGUGUCUGCACCAGCAUUUCCCCUUUUGCUCUGCCCUGGUAGGACUAUUAAAUGGGAGUGCUGGACGAAGGGAUGCUCAGGGCCUGGUUCACCCGUUGGUUGCUACUCCUUUGUGCAGCUCUGGCAGUGCCCGGGCUGUGGGCACGCCGGCCGUCGUGUAUGAGACCUUCUCUAGGCCAAAGCCGCAGGAACCCGCGUCCUUCUCCCUUUCCUUGCCUCCCCUUUCAGUUGUCUCUGCCCCUUCCUAACAGCACGGCCCCCAGGGAGGUGGGUGGGGAGCCAGGCCCUGCAGCCUGCCAUAGUGUGUCUAAGGGGAACCAGCGCCUGACCACAUUUCUGUGGCUGCGGAUGGACCAGAGGCAUCUGGAGGUGGCCACGGGGCUUGUUACACGCAUUCCUAGCAGGGAGACUAGCAAAAAAGAGUGGGGGGUGCCCAGGUAUCGCUGGGGUGGCUUUAAUAAAUGAUGACCCCUGCCCAUCUGAUUCUGCCCCCCUUUCCUCCCCUUUUAACGUGUGCGUGGACACGGCACCUCCGGCGGAUCUGCCUGCACGUCCCUGUCGGCAGGGCCCGAGUGCUGCCGGCACUAAGGACUUUUUAAUAGGACAGGAAUUAUCACCUGUUAUCGAGUCUGUCUGGCAGCUGUGGCGGGCUCAGGCUCUCCGCGGGCCACGUCCUGAGAGGUGCCAGGUGCCUGCGACCGCCUUUCCCUGGUGAAUUGGGCAGGAGCUGCAGGUGCCUGGCACCUUUUGGGAUUUGGCCCGCUGGGUGUUUCAGCCGAGCACAGGCCUAUUGCUUCUCGCUCCACUGGGCUUCUCCUGGCACGUGGUGCUGGAGGCCCUGGGAGUCCCAGCGAGGUGGGCUCGUGGCUGGGGAGGGUGUGGGGAACGUCCGCUCUGCGUGGCCAGCCAGCGCCGUGGGACCAGGGCAUCGCCCAUCGCAGCCACCUCCUAGCGACGCCAGCUUCCAAAACCCCAUCCACGCCUCGCCUGGGAGCGGAGCCAGGCUGCUUCCCCUGCCCGGAGACUGCCCUUCCUGGGUGCAUCAGCCAGACCUCCCUCUCCUGUGGCUCCCGUCCCUGGGUAAUGCCCCUCUCUGUGCUGCAACCCCUCCGGGAAAGUCUUUAGCCGCCACUUCUCUCUUUCCCAAAUCUGAAAACCUAUGGGUUUCAUCAUGCCGCUUCUAGCCCUGCCGCGCAACCACGUGCCUGUGGGGAAGUGGCCUGGCGGUCCCUCCCCCCCCUCCCCCCCCUCUCCUGCCCCUGCGUGUAAGCUCCUUGGGGCUGGGAUCGGCUGUCCCUCCUGUCCUGGGAAGUUCCUGCCCUGCCUUUGGGCACCGCCGGAGAUCGCCAUCCUGCUUGCGGCAUGAGCUGACUGGGCUUUGCUGUGAAACGAGCUUAUCUUGAAGCCAGAGGGUUAAGGGGUGCAAUGGGACUCGUGGCCGUGGGUAUGCAGGUAUCUAGGGAGUAGAGACCCAGUCAGCACCUCGCCCUGGGCCUGAAAAUUUGUGUGAGCAAGCAAGUGGCCUCCAAUACCGUCGUCAUCGGCACUCCCUUGAUUCGAGGGUGGUCUCUGCCACGGCUCAUUGAUGGGUCUUGAGUUGACUUAAAAGUCCCAUCCUUGAGCCACGGACCCGGCUGCAGAAAUUGCAAGUCUUUCCACAGAGCAGAGCAGGCUGGGAUCCUUCUCCUUUUUUUCUUCCUCCGCCCUCCUCUCUGCUGCGAGGGCAAGAUGCUUCUCCUAAAAACGAGCUGCUGCUUGGUUGGGGUUGCAGCUGCCGUGCCGUUGGACCUCCAAUACCAUGAGGAUGGGCUGCGUCAAGUCCAAGGAAAUGGGCACGCCGAUGAAGAUCCUGAAAGGCGACUCGGGCCCCAGCCUCCAGCAGGCCCAUUACGUGAAGGACCCCACGUCCCCCAACAAGAGAAGCAAUGUUUCCAGCGCGGCUCCACCCCAGCCGGCCGACGGCUCGGAGGACUGCACGGUCCUGGCUCUCUACGACUACGAAGCGACGCACGACGGGGACCUGAGCUUCCAGAAGGGCGAGCGCAUGAAGGUCCUGGAGGAGGCAGGAGAAUGGUGGAAGGCCAAGUCGCUCGCCACGGGACACGAAGGCUACAUCCCUAGUAACUACGUGGCUCGGGUGAACUCCCUGGAGACCGAGGAGUGGUUCUUCAAAGGCGUCAGCCGGAAGGACGCGGAGCGGCAGCUCCUGGCCCCUGGGAACAUGAUCGGCUCCUUCAUGAUACGGGACAGCGAGACCACCAAAGGCUGCUACUCCCUGUCCGUGAGGGACUUCGACACGCAGAACGGGGACACGGUGAAGCAUUACAAGAUCCGGACGCUGGACAACGGCGGCUUCUACAUCUCGCCGCGCAACAGCUUCUCCACGCUGAUAGAGCUGGUCGACCACUAUAAGAACCAGAGCGAUGGGCUGUGCCAGAAACUCACGUUCCCCUGCACGGCGCUGAAGCCCCAGAAGCCUUGGGAGAAAGACGCCUGGGAAAUCCCCCGCGAGUCCCUGAAGCUGGAGAAGAAGCUGGGAGCUGGGCAGUUCGGAGAAGUGUGGAUGGCCACCUACAACAAGCACACCAAGGUGGCGGUGAAGACCAUGAAGCCAGGCAGCAUGUCCGUGGAAGCGUUCCUGGCGGAGGCCAACCUCAUGAAGUCGCUGCAGCACGACAAGCUGGUGAAGCUGCAUGCGGUGGUGACCAAGGAGGAGCCCAUCUAUAUCAUCACCGAGUUCAUGGAGAAAGGCAGCUUGCUGGACUUCCUGAAGAGCGACGAAGGGAACAAGCAGCCUCUCCCAAAGCUGAUCGACUUCUCCGCCCAGAUCGCGGAAGGAAUGGCUUUCAUCGAGAAGAGAAACUACAUCCACAGGGACCUGAGGGCCGCCAAUAUCCUGGUGUCAGCAACGCUGGUGUGCAAGAUCGCAGACUUCGGCCUGGCCAGAGUCAUCGAGGAUGAGUACUUGGCGCGGGAAGGUGCCAAGUUUCCCAUCAAAUGGACGGCGCCAGAAGCCAUCAACUACGGGUCUUUCACGAUAAAAUCAGAUGUCUGGUCCUUUGGGAUCCUCCUGAUGGAGAUAAUCACCUACGGACGCAUCCCAUACCCAGGGAUGUACAACCCAGACGUGAUCCGUGCACUGGAGCGUGGGUACCGUAUGCCGCGCACGGAUAACUGCCCGGAAGAGCUGUACGACAUCAUGAUGAGAUGCUGGAAGAACAAACCAGAGGAUCGCCCCACCUUUGAGUACAUCCAGAGUGUCUUGGAGGAUUUCUUUACUGCAACAGAGAGCCAGUACCAGCAUCAGCCUUAAGGUGAAAAAGCCAGGGCAGGCAAUGAAAAGCCAUCUGCCGUGCGUACCAUAUGACCUGGAGCAUACAACAGUCUCUUCCUCCCCUGCUCCAUCCCUCUCUUCAUCAUCUUUGCUCGUACCCUGUCUCUCUCAGCCCGCUCUUAGCAACCAAGGAUUUCCUGACGCGCUUCUUGGGAGGCAAGAAUGCAGCGGCUUUGUGUGGGCUGCAUGACUUUUGGAUAAGCUCACUGGGACUUGGACCGGAGACUGGCUCGGAAAGCCCAGAUGCAGCAGAAAGUCUCCGCAGGCGGCGCCGUUCCCUGCACUUCCAUAUUGAACCGAUGCCCUCGCAGAGAGGAAGGCGGCACUGCGGUGUAGGGAGCGCUUUCUCUCUGAGGACUUGCCAAGUUGUGUGAUUUGGACCCUCUAAAAACCACCCGGGCUUUUCUUUUUGUGCAAGGGCAGCUGCUUUACACAGACGGGACAUCAGAGCCAACGGCACGAGGCAUCAUUCUGCUCUAACGAGCCUCCUCCCUUCACAUAGUUUAAAACUAGUAUAGUUUUGCUCCCCGUCUCGAACUGUUGUGUGCUGGAGCCGUGUGCUAUUUAAUCAGCUGCUGGAUUUCUGCCCCUCCCCGAGGUGGCUGCAUUUUGGGGUUCGAUGAGGAGGGGGAAGCUUGUAAAAUGGCUUGUUAAAGGGUGUGUCUUGCACUGUAAAAUGGUCUGAAUUGUAUUUAACCAAGUUGCGUAUCGACUUCCUGGGGGCAGGGAAAAAAAUUUUCUUUAGAAAAGA